UCUUAUGAGAGCAACAUGAUGGUUUGCAAUAAAUAGAUUCGUUCUAUUUUUAUAUAAAUAACAAACACCGAAAAGCUAUUUAUUAUAAUCUAUGCGCAACAAAUAACAGAGAAUUCCUCAGCUGUGCAUCAUGAUUGGUCUAAAAAUCCAUUUUUUGUCAGAUCUCUCUUUAUUUUUUUGACAAGCAUAAUUUUACUUGUCAUCCGCCCUGUUCAUAGCAAGUAUAUAUGUAUUUCAUAAAAUAUGAUAAUUAAAAAUAGAUUUCUCAUUGCGAACCUGUUAUUCAAUACAAGCAAAAAGAUAUAUAUAUAUUUAUAAAUUGCCUUGAGCCCUUCUAUUUCGUUUCUCUUCUUUUUCCAAAAACAAAAAAGAUCAUGCGUAAUAAAGAAGAGGAAGAGACUCCAAUGGAAAGUAUUCUCAUCUUAUCCCCGGAAGACGAUGAUUCUAGGUUAGACCCUAUUGAUCGAGGAGGUACAAGCUCUACUAAUUACACUGUCACAGAACAAAACGUAAGACGGUCACUCCUCAUCAACGACGAUCAUGUCAAACGAAGCCCUUCCUCCUCCUCUCGUCAACAUCAAAAGAACAAACGCUCCUUUGCAUAUCAUCGUCUUUUCCAUAAGUUCAAAACAUCUGUACAACAAAGAAUGGCUUUCCAGCCUUCCGUACCCAACGAUCCUCGCUUAUUUUCUAAAAACAAGAAACGUCUGAUCUUGGCUUGUUUGGCAGCUGGCUCUUCGUUGAAUGGAUUUUGCUCCACUGUCUACUUUCCAGGUAUUCCCGAUAUUCGUGUAGACUUGAAUGCUACAGAAAUAGGUAUCACACUCGUAUCUUCCUUGUUCAUCUUAUUCGGUGGUAUCGGCCCAUUGUUUUGGGCUUCCAUGUCAGAUUAUUAUCAUAUUCGAAGGUUUCUUUAUUUAGUGUCAUUAUUAAUCUUUAUUGGUGCAUCUGUGGGCUGUGCUCUAUCAAGUAGUAUUUGGAUGUUGGUCGUCUUUCGAUGUAUUCAAUCCGUCGGAACAUCAGUCACCAUGUCGGUGGGUGCAGGUACUGUGGCGGAUUGCUGGCAAAUUACUGAACGUGGUUCCGCAUUCAGUUUUCUUUUCGUAGGUCAAUUUCUCGGUCCCUUAGUUGGUCCCAUUGUGGGUGGAGGCGUAACAACAGCCAUCGGUUGGCGUAGCGUGUUUUGGAUCUGCGCAGGUUAUGGUGUCCUUUUAUUCUUGUUUUUAUUCUUUUUCUUCCCAGAGACAUAUCGCUUGGAUCAUCAAUGGGAUCAAACAUUUACUGAACUACAAAGUCAAACCACCUUGGUCGAUCUUUCUUCCGUAGUCGUUCUUGAUCAAGAAGAGCCUAAACCCUCCACUCCUCCGCCACCACCACCACCAGUGGAAAAUACUACUAGGUUUAAUCCCUUUAAAAGUUUCAUGAUGUUGAAAUAUGCAUUCGUUUGUUGCGUUGCCAUUGAAAUUGGCUUUUGCUUUGGUACCAUGUUUACCCUUGAAACAUUAAUACCUGAUCUUUAUUAUGAACAUUAUGGAUUUGAUUCAUGGCAAACAGGCCUUAGCUUUAUCGGUGCGGGAAUUGGAAAUGUGCUUGGAUCUAUUGUAUCCGGUAGACUAUCGGAUUACUUGUUGAUUCGUUCAAGUAAUCAAAGAGGAGGUUUAUCUAAAGCUGAAGAUAGACUCACUUUAAACGCAUGGCCUGGAGGAUUUAUUUUAAUCCCAUUAGGUGUAUUAUUAUUCGGUUGGAGUAUUAUGGCAGGCUUCACUGUCUGGCCCGCUAUUAUUGGAUUUAGUAUCUUAUGCUUUGGCAUGAGUCAAGUAUAUACAGCAGGUUCUGCCUACUUGGUAGAUUCAAUUCCCGGAAAAGGAGCUUCGGUCACAGCCGCUUGUAAUUUCUUUCGAAUGACCAUGGCGGCCAUCUUGAGUAUGGUAUCUCCCAUCAUGGGAUCCGCGUUAUCCAUCGGUUACGUCUCUGUGCUUUUGGCUUCCUUAAACAUUAUCGGUAUGGCAUUAUUGGUCUUGAUUAAAUUUAAGGGUGUUCAUAUGAGAAGAAAAGCUGGCUUUACUAAAUAUUAGUUUCUUAAUAAAAAUAAAUGUCACCCAUCACUUU